CCUUGGAAUGUUUGUCUAUAUUAGACAAAGGCCCUCCCAGUCCCCUUUUAUUCCCAUUUUUUAUCGGAUCAGGAGGGGAAAUUUCCCCCAUUUUUUCCCAAUUUCCCCAUUUUUUUCCCCAAUUUUUUCCCAAAUUUUCCCAAUUUUUUCCCAUUUUCCCCACUUUUUUCCCCAAUUCUCCCCGCCCCCAGAAAGGAAUAUUUAUGAAUAUUUAAAUAUUUUUGGGAUAAUUCCCCUUUUUCCUGGGAAUUCUCCCCAUCCAGAGGCUGGGGGGGGGAGGGGCUGGAAUUUUUGGGAUUGGGGUUUUUUUUUUUGGGCGGGGGAGGGGCGGAUUUUCCUGUUCCAAAGGGGGAAAUUUGGGAAUUGUGGGGGGAAUUUUCCAGGAGAAAAAGAGGAUUUGGCUCUUCCCGGGAUAGGAACGGAAUUCGUGGAAUUCUCCUGGACCUGGAAUGGAAUUAAUGGAAUUUUCAUGGACUUGGAAUGGACAUUUCCCAGAUUUGGGAUGGAAUUUCCCGGAUUUGGGAUGGAAUUUCUCAGAUUUGGGAUGGAAUUUCCUGGAUUUGGGAUGGAAUUUCCCGGAUUUGGGACGGAAUCCGUGGAAUCCUCCUGGAGUGGGACAGAAUUCAUGGAAUUCCCUGGACUUGGGACGGACUUUCCCUGGGUUUGGGGAUGGAAUCCGUGGAAUUCCCCCCGGAGUUUUCUGGGACUUUGCCCGGAAUGUUCCCGGAUGUGGGGAUGGAUUUCAUGGAAUUUUCCCGGAAUUUCCCCGGAAUUUGGGAUGGAAUUAUUUCCUGGAUUGGGAAUGGAAUUCCUGGAAUUGCCGUGUCCAGCCUGGAAUUGUUGUCACCCUUGUCCCCAGGUGGGGCCGGCGGGAGCCCCCAGCUCUGCCUGGGGACAUUUGGGGACCCUGGGGACAUUUGGGGACACCCCUGGGGCGGCACAGAGGGACAGGAGCCCCCCCCGGGCUGUUCUCAGAGCCCCUCGCAGACCCCACGGGGGGCGGGGCCCUUUGGGGACAGUCCGGGACUUUUGGGGACAGCGGUGUCCCCCGGCCGCUGUCCCGCCCAGCCCAGAACUACAACUCCCAGCAUGCUCCGCGCCGCACCUCGCCUAG